UAUACCAAAAGUCAAUUUCUUUCAAAGACCUUUAAGCACAAAAAAGAAUUAUGAGUGUUAUACGACAAAAUUAUAGCACAGAGUGCGAGGAUGCUCUUAAUAAACAAAUAAAUUUGGAACUUCAAGCAAGUUAUGUUUACCUUUCAAUGGCAUAUCAUUUCCAGCGAAGUGAUGUUGCUCUACAUGGACUUUAUAAGUACUUUAAACAUGCUUCAGAAGAGGAACGCGAUCAUGCUACGAAAUUUAUGGAAUAUCAAAAUAAACGUGGAGGAUCAAUAAAACUUAUGGAUGUGAGCGCUCCCCCUAAACAGGAAUGGGGUACAGCUAAAGAUGCAAUGACUGAGGCUUUGACAUUGGAAAAACGUGUAAAUGAGAGCCUAUUGAGAUUGCAUUCCAUUGCUUCAAAUCAUAAUGAUGCUCAUUUUAUGGAUUUCCUUGAAGGCGAAUAUUUACAAGAGCAAGUUGAAUCUAUUAGAGAAAUUGCUGCUCAUGUGACAAAUCUAGAACGAGUUGGCGAAGGUCUUGGCGUUUUUGUAUUUGACAAAGAAAUGAACAAGGAUUAAGUAGAUAUUUUUGUUUUCUGUUUCUUUUCUUUCUUUUAUAAUUUGAGUCUUCGUUAUAUAUAAUGUAACAUUAUAAUGGUAACAACUGUGAUAGACUCAAUAUUGUAUAAAAUGUACAAUAUUUAAGUUGAACUGAUAUAACGAGAGACAGUAAUUCUUUUUUUUAAGUAUUCAAAAACUUGACAUUAUAUUUGAUUGAAAGCACAAAAUCUUGAAUUGCAUAAAAAUGCAUAUUAAUUCAUUAUAUAUUUUGUUUGUUAAUUAAUUUUGAUACAGUUUAUUUUCUUUAUGAAUGAUAUAUAUCGUUUCUCGAAAUAAAAAAAAGAUAUUAAAACGUCGAGAUUAAAGUAUUAUAUUUAAGUGAUUAAGAAUUUUGUCAAUUAAAUGAUUAAUAAGAAAACUUAUUUUUCUUCUUCAUAAAAUUAAGGGUAUAGCACGCAUUAUUAAAUAGAUGUUUGUUUAUACUUGAGUUCUAAAAAAAUAAUUACUUAAUAGACUAAGAAAUGAUUUCUUUACAUAUGUUGAACGUUGUAACUAAAUUUAAGUGUAAGAAAUAAAAGUUUAUUAUUCAGAAAA